AUGAACAAGCAAGAACCUAUUGUAAAUACUGGUAAGAAAUCACUCUUGAACUGGACAGAACAUAUGGAUGCUGCAUUUGUUGAUGCAAUGGUACAACAACAAGAAAAAGGAAAUAGGCCUUAUGGAAAUUUUACAUCACAAGCGUAUGCGAAUAUGGUUGAGGAGAUCAAUACGAAACUUACAAUGAAUUUAACUAAAAGUCAUCUAAAAAAUCGUUUGAAAACUUUGAAAUCUACUUUUUCACAAUGGUAUGACAUGUUCAAUGGGAUUUCCUUGAGUGGGUUCGGUUGGAAUGCUGAUACCCAACUAAUUGAAGCAGAUGAGGAGGUUUGGGAUAUCUUAAUUAAGUCAAAGCCUGAUGCAGUUGCACUCAAGACAAAAAAGGUGGCCCACUUUGAACAAAUGUUGGUAUUAUUUGCAAGAGAUAGAGCUUCAGGAGAAAAUGCUGAAACUGCAAAGGAGAGAAAUGCUAGGUUUAACAACACUACGAACAUCAAAAUAGAAAGUAUUUCAGAGGUUGAUUCUUUAUUAGCAAGUAAUGAUGUUAGAGUGGAGAACCAACGUGUAGAUGAUGAUGAAGAUGACAUUCAAGUGGUGUCUCCUACACCUGAACAAAAUUCAAGUGCGAAAAAAAUUGAUGUGGCUAAUGCAAUGAGGGAAGGUAACAAAAUUUUUGAAAGAGCUUACCAUCAUGAGUUAACAGGUGAUGGAAUUUAUCAAGAAUUGCAGCCGAUGGGAUUGGAAGCCCAUGAAAUACCAGGUGCUCUCAUGUAUUUGGCUCGUAACCAAGCAGAUGCGAGGACGUUGUUUACUUGUCCAAUGAACAUAAGGAAGGAUAUACUAAAAACAAUGAUGGGUGCAGUUGCCUUCUCCUUUUACUUAUCUGCUUACCUCACCACGCCCCAUCAGCCCUUACCUCAAUACUCUGAUUCCUCAUCAUCUCCACAAAUAUCAGAGAUUUCUCUCUCCGGUAACUCAAUCUCCCCGGGUAUGCUCCCACCUCCCUGUCAUCUCUCUCACCUACGUCAAGGUGGACUGGGCAACAAUUUUGAAGAAACCAUUUGCAGCUUGAAGCUAAGCGAGAACAUCGAUACCCCACCCAUGCUGACUUCGUAA